UCCAAGCGGCCGACUGCGGAGCGUCUUUCUCGACCAAAGCACCUCCCAUUUGUUGCCUCUCAAUCGGCUUCGGAAAAGGCUCACCCCAGAGAGACGCCCGAGGGCAACCCACACUACAGCAAAUGUCGGCCAUCCGCCCAAGCGUGAGCAGCGUCGCUCGCGCGGCCGCUGCUGCACGCGCCUCGUCGCCGUAUUCGUCCACCGCUCUCGUCCCCGCCCGCUUCCGCUACUUCUCCGCGUCCGCCCGCCGGUCCGGCGGCGGCGGCAUGCAGUACGACCCGCCCUCCGGCUGGCUGUGGGGCGUGCGCCCGGGCGAGAAGUACCAGAACGAAGGGUGGGAGGGGCCGUUCUUCUACGGGUUCUGGGGCAGCAUCAUCGUCUUUGCCAUCGCGUAUGCUUGGAAGCCCGAUACCUCGAUCCAGACGUGGGCGCUCGAGGAGGCGAGGAGGAGAUUAGAGGCCGAGGGAAUCUUGGAGGAUCCGGAAAAGAAAUAGACGUUGGAGAGACACAGGGAGCGGUGGUGAAUUCACCAGCUCGGGUCUGUACGAGGAUGGAGGCCCGCGGAUAGAGAGGGGGGGGGGAAGAGUCAUUGGGAAUGAGGCAGGCAACAGACAUUCGAGCAUCACAUCUACAACGGAUGUACAUUGUUUGUUUUGUUUCGUUUCGAGUUCCGCCGGUGUCAUCAUCGGUUCCAUGAGUCCGA